GUAUAUGACGUCAUCGGAGACCCAACGCAAGGUGCAACCAGGGCCAAACAAAGCUGAAUAAUGACAGUCACCGCUGCUGUCAUUUACGUGCUUCGACGCCUCCUAUUUAUCCUCUGCGUUGCUUGCUAAAACCUUAUAAGCAUCUUGUGCUCAUGAGUGUCUUGCUUCAUUUGUGCAGCUGCAGGUGGUGAAAUCCUUGGCUGUGGUUGGCUCUCCUGCGCUGUCGGUCACGCGCGCACACGUGCACAUACGCACGCUCGUAGCUCCAGCAUCACGAGAGGCAAGCAGCGGCAGCGAAAACGGUUUAGGCAGGGAGGGCGACGGGCUUUGACUUUGGGUGCGUUGUCACAUUUGGCUCUGAGCAAGGAUGGAGCGGGUAGAAGAGGAGAACUGAGCGGUAUAGCAGGUGGAGAGACACGGAGGAGGCGAGGGGGUGCUGCUAAAUCCGGAGUAGAUGAUGCUUAUUUGCCGCAGGCCCCGCCAUCGUGAAAUUGGAUACCGACUUGCGGCGGAUGGGGUGACCGAGCUCGCUGCUCCGCCGGGGAGGUCCCUGCCUUCGGACGGUACCGGGGUGGGAGCUGCCUGAUUCUAAGGAGGGAAGGAGUGGCAAGAGGGAAAAUGCAGACGGAGGAGGAGACGGCCACCGCAGAAGAGCCCAUUUUGGAGGAAGGGUCAGGACGAGAGCAGCAACGGCCAGUCCAACAGUCUCUGGCCUCCUCCCUGUGUCGGGAGUCCCACUGGAAGUGCCUCCUCCUGACCCUCCUAAUGUACGGCUGCUUUGCAACACUCGCCUGGUGCGCUCUCUGUCGGGUCCCCGUUCUCGGCUCCUCCUCCAUACCUCUUGGGGCUGAUGACGAUGCCACCUCAGCGGCCUACUAUAACGACAUCCUGCACCUGGAAAGUCCGUGCUCUAGUGGCUACGUCUACAUCCCCCUGGCCUUCCUGGCUAUGCUUUAUGUGGUGUACCUGGUGGAGUGUUGGCAUUGCUUCUCCAAGACAGCCAUGUUGGCUCAUGCUGAAUUUCAGGAAGUGUACGAGCGUGUGCAGAGACUUCAGCAGGCCACACCCUGUAUUUGGUGGAAGGCCAUCAGCUACCACUAUGUGAGGAGGACGAGACAGGUGACAAGAUACCGCAACGGAGAUGCAUACACAACCACACAGGUCUACCAUGAGCGGGUGAACACUCAUGCCUCCAGUUCAGAGUUUGACUACGCCCGUUAUGGUGUCAAAGACGUAUCAAAGGAGCUGCUGGACCUUCAACUGCACCCUGCUGUUCGCCUCCGUUUCACCAAGUGUUUCAGCUUCUCUAGCGCACGUGCUGAAGCUGCCUACCUCACCCAGCGAGCGCGCUUCUUUGGGGAGAACGAGGGCCUUGACGAUUACAUGGAGGCCAGGGAGGGAAUGCACCUGAAGAAUGUGGACUUCCGUGAACACAUCCUGGCGUUCCCAGAUCCUGCUCACCAGCCGUGGUUUUCAAGGCACAGGGUGUUCUGGCUAGCCUCAGCUUUUCUGCUGUCAUGGCCGCUGCGGGUUGUGUCAGAAUAUCGCACAGCAUAUGUCCACUACCAUGUGGAGAAGCUGUUCGGGGAAGACGAGGAUACUGGCGGAGGAGGAGGGGGUGGUGGAGGACCAGGUGGAGGCGGAAGAGGGGAUGGGACUGAAGGUGGGACUGAGAAUGGAAUCCACUCGGGAGGACUUGCGAUUGGAAUUGGUCUGAACGGGACCAGCUACAGAGCCAUCUCUCGGGUCAACACAGUGGACAUGACAGAAUUGGAAUGGCACAUCCGCUGUAACCAACAGAUGGUCCCGAGCUACUCUGAAGCCCUCCUUAUGGACUUGGAUACAAGUGGGGGGACAAACCCCACCGUCUCUACACCCAUCUCUGGGCCUCCAAGCACCACCCCUAACCAGGUGACCAACCCACCUCCUCUGGCUCUGCCUGUGGUGUUCAACUCAGCUUACCUCCUCCAGAGCUGCCCUCGAUGCCGGAGGACAACAUCGAGUUCCAGUCUUCCCUCCAGGCUAAGGGCCCCGAUGGGAACCACUGCCCUCCUGAACGCUACUGUGGCAGGGAUCAGGGCAGCCGGGCCAGGGGGUGGGGGUAUGGGAGGGAGGUUGGUGCUCAGUCGGAGUGGAUUCUCUCUAGGAAGACUGGGAGGACGCCAGAACAGCCUGUUUCAUUCAAGAAGCAUGGGGGGAGGGCUGGGAGGAGGUAGGGAAGAUGGAGGAGGAAGUGCAGGAGGAGGAGGUGGGGGAGGAGGAGGAGGAGGUGGUGGAGGUGGGGGAGGCGGAGGAGGCGGAGGAGGAGGAUUCCUUGGGUUAGGUUCAAGACAGGACAACGAGGAGACCAGAGGAGUGCUAGAAGGAGAAGGGGAUGAUGACGAGGAAGAGGAGCAGGAGGAGGAGGUGAGGAGAAGGGAAGACAGGGGAAGAGGAGGAAGAGAGAGGGAUGAAGAAACAGAGCAAGACAGUGGAGGGGGAGGGGGAGGUGAGGGGAGGGAGGGUGAGAGGGAUCGUCCUCCAUCCUACCAGGACGCAUUCUUCUUUCCUGUCCUCAUUAUACACGGAGAGGAGAGCUGCCAUGCUGGAGACGACAUGUGACAAACAUGAAAAUCAACACAUUAAGAGGCUGAGGGAGAUGAAAGAAGGUACCAAACAGAGAGAGAACAGUGGAUCACAGAGGAGGGGGGUGAGGGAAAAUAAAAUUUGAUAGACCUGAAGAAAGAAUGUAAUGAGAACUGAAUGAAGUUGAAAGGAAGGAGUUGGUUGACAGCAUACCAACUACAGAAACAGAAGAUAGGAUUCAGUGAAAACAAAGCAUGAAAGGUAAGGAUAGCUCUGUGAUAGACAGAAUGAUCAAGGACAGAGGGAACAAGGAGAGAGAAGGAGAAGUGGAGUAGGAAGGGAAAGGGGAAUGCACUGUAAGAUGGGAGGAGAAACAGAAAAGUCUACAGAGAGAGACAGCUACAGGGGAUUUGACCAGAUUCAGUGCGUACUGUAAAAAAAUAGGCAGGAAACACUGGUAGAGAGGAGGAUGAAAGCUGAAAGUGCAGUGACAAGAUAAGAUGGAGUCUGAGGAAAUGAGGAAAGGCAAGAAAAGCCUUGCAAUUUUGGACUUUUCUACACAGAGAUUGUGUGAGAGGUGGUGACAGAUCAGAUACUUGGGAAGAAUACAAAGACUGAAGAAUUGUCUAUUUCCAGAUAUAUCUAUGCAAGAAUAGGAGUGGGAGGAGUAACAAGUCUAAAGAUAGCAACUGGAGAGCAGUGGAGAGACUCCAAACCAGCUGAGUGGUAGUGGGUAUUUUUUCCAAAAGAAACAGAGGUAUGGCAAAAGGGGGUUUAGAAAGCUUGAAGGUUCAGUUUUGCUAAAAUCAAAAUACAUAGUGACAACCUAAAAAUACAGCUUAUUGAAAAAAUAAAAUGUUGAAAAAACACAAGAAUUAUUCAAUAUUUCAGGCAAGGGAGGAAACAGUUGAGAUAACAAAGGAUUGCAAAAUGCACUGUAGAGAGAGGGAGAGAAACCAUGACACGCUGUUGGAAAGCUAAAUGUAAAAAACACCAAAGGAGGAGAGUAGCAAAUGCAAGAAGACAAUAGACAAAGAAAAGAAGUAGAAUACAAAAUAUACUGACCACGACAAACCAGAUUGCACUUAACCUUGUUUUCCAUUUGACAGAUAACUCAUACAGAUUCUUAAAAGUCACAAAACAGAAUAAUCAAACGGAUCAACUCAAGAGGAGGAGAAAACAAAGAUACAGGGUUUGAAGCAGAGACAAAACACCCUCUGAGCAGCAACUCUGACUUUGAAUCAAAUCAGGAAAUCUAAAUAACACUCAAAUAGUUUCCUUAGUAACAUCAUCAAAUAGAUCCCGUGGACAGAAUAGGUUUUUUUCUCAGGUCCUUUAAGAUUGACUGUACAACCUCACACAAUGCCUGACUAGCAACCAUAACAUUUUCAGUGCCGAUGAAAGAGGAGAAACAUUGAUUUCCUCCAUGUCUCUUCAUGCCCUCUUACUCCUCACUUCCCCGCCACUCUCUAUCCAUUACUGACGUGGAGCGGAUAGAAAAAAUUCCAUAAAAAGGGGAGAGAUUGCUUCCUCUGUUUUUCAACCUUCCCCAUUCCUCCUUUCUCAUGCUCCCACCUACUCUCCCAUCCAUUUCAUCCCCUCUUCUGUGGUUCUUCUUCAUGCCUCCCUGCUCGGAAAACCAUAAGCUACAAGUGCAGAGGUGCAAUCCUCAGCAACACAUCUAUUGCUUUUAUUUAGAACACGAACACUGUAGCUUGGAGCGACACCCUUUUUUUGCAAUUAGCAUGUGUUGUGUUAUAUGUGAAGUGAGAGAGUCUUGUAGCAAAACAGGUUCACUGCAUCUCUCAUUACCUUCCCCUCCUCUCUUCCGCCAUCACCUUCAGCUCAUUCCUUCCCUCUUUUUAAAGUGGUGGAUAUGUGAUAACACCACUCCCUGCUCCGGGAGAUGCAGAGCUCAGAUUUCAUCUCUGCUUACUCCACAUAUCACAUCUCCUCCAGGCUGAACUUUCUCCUCUUGGAUAAGACUUUAUAAACCAGAUAUUUCCCACUUAUAUGAAGUGUUUGACCUAUCACUAUUUCAUGUCUACAUAUUUUUGAAAGAAAUAGAAUGAGACUUGAACAAAUUCAAUGUGUACCCUGAUGAGUGGAUUCACCCUGUGCAUAGAGGAGCAAAAGAUGUGGGCAAAAUUGGCCUUUAAAGACACUGACUUCAGGCAGAGGCUGCUAAUAAGGGUUGUGACUUUCAUACCGAUUAGAGUAAAGUGCUAAUGACCACCAGUUAUGCCUGUGUAGUUGUACUAUAGUUUUAAUUAUUUGUACCCAAAGAUAGGCCUGUGCAGUAUGAAGAAAAAAACAAAUAACCAGAAAACCCUCCUCCAAUAUCAAUACACUAUAUAACACAGUAUGUGUUUAAGCAUGAAAAAAACCUCUUUAUCUCAUUUAUGUCCACAGUAUUGGACUGCAUGGGAAGUAAAACUUGAGCUAUUGAGCUCAGCUGGCACUCUCAUAAUAAAAACAGAUAGAAAUUUGACCUUUGAUUGCUUUGUAUUUUUAGUGUAGGCAACAUUUUACAAUAUAAAAAUAAAACUCACGAUAUGAUCAAUAAUGCCCAGCCCUGUGACUGUGCCAUGCUGCUAUCCCCUCCUCUUGAAGGAUCAUCUGCAAACAAGAAACAAUGCUCUCUAAAACAUCGCCUCACUAUGAAAUGUGUAAACGUUCGCUGGCAUAGAGAUGCAUGUAACUUAAUAAUAGCUAUUGUGCAGGGCCAACUAAUAGCUAUGGGGCAAAUAUGGCUACCAUUGCGAAAUGCAGUGCCAAAAAGCAUUGAUCCAUGCUCAGUCAACACAAAUUUAGAUAUUUUAGACAUAUCCAGACAAGGGUACGGACAACUAUCCAUAGGGAUUAAGGUAUGUUUUCAAUGAAAAUCAGCCCAGGGAGAGACAAUUGGCACAGACAACACAACCGUCAGUGCUUUGAUGCGUAUACUUUACAAAGCACACUAAACUUGCUACACUAGUAAGAAGCAGUUAGAUGAACAUUUCAUCACCUUCCCUGCAUAGUGCCCUUCAAAGCCACUUUGUUGGAUGUUGGAGGGGUCUCCGUCGUUCUCUUUCUGCUUACUUUGGACAUGAUACUGAAAAGCACACUGAAAGAAUGAAGUUUGAGAGACAUGAAGAGUUUCCUGAGAAUGAAGCAAAAAUGAUGCUUCACACACUUUUUGAAUGAUAGAGAUAAUGGACAUGUUAAUGAACACACACACACACACACACACACACACACAGGCACACAAAUAUACAACAAGCAUCCAACCUGGAUUCAGCAGUGACAGCAGGGAAUGUCCUCUCAAUGAAACUUUCUGUAAAGAAAAAGUAGAGCAUGAGUGCUGACCUGGUUUGGCGUACGGGACACAUGCACACACACACUGACACACAUUCACAUCCACUGAUUCUGGCUGAUGGAUCUUUGGUAGCUUUGGGGGACAUCAAGCUGAACUGGGCACAAGAAAACUAAUGGACGAAAUAAUUAAUGGAAGAAAACCGGCAGAGAAAAUAAACAACAACAAGGACGAGUGUGUUUCCGUUUGGUGGAAAAGGACGAAAAAGAAAAAACAGCCACUGAAAAGGCAGAAAGAGUGAAAAUGUGAGAUGAAAAGACAAUUAUUUUUACAGCUGUUAAUCAUUAUCUCAGUCUCUUGUGGAUAAAAUUGUCUCCAUCAAUGCCCCUUAACAAAAAAAGCACUAAAAAGCACCGAACACACCUCUGUGUUAAUCUGGUUAAGAUCAUGUUGCUGUCACUAAUUUUCAAUCACUCGAAUUGUUAUUUUGUUAUUUGGCUUGGAAGAUUUUGUUCAGUACUUGUUUUUGUUCAUGUAGUCAGUUUGCCACUUAAAUUUAAAAUCACUAGUACUGAACUCCAAUUUCAAAUCUGACUGCUUUCACAUUUCUAUCUGUGUACUUUGGCACCACAAGUGACAAAACAAGAAAAUACAAUUCAGUCUGUAAUUUGCUACUUUUAUAUCAUCUGCAUACUUGAGUAUACAUUUUUUCAGGUUGUUUAAGUGAUGUCUGAAAUCUAAAUGCCUUUGUAAGCUUCAGAAAUUUUUCAUGUCUUUUUGUUUUUUUUAUUUUUUAUUUCUUAUUUCUGUAAAACAGACAAUGCUCUUGGCUUCCCAAUGAGCUUGGGUCGAUGAGCCUCCGGUUCUAAAUUGCAGAAGGGUGCUUGGACCCAGUUAUACUUGCUUGCAAGUCUGGUUUAUUCAUUUAUUUAUUUAUUUAUUUAUUUUUAAACAAAAAGGUAUAUUUCAUUCAUAUGUGUUGUUACUGAAUAUUUAUAUGGUGUUUUAUUAUCUCGGAGCGUGUCUAAAGUGUGUCCUCAGACACUUCAGUUGUGCCAAGAGAACUUUGUGCCCAUGAAGUCUUACACAAAACCACACACACACACAUACAGUGGGGUCAAAAAAGUCUGAGACCACUUUCCGAAAGGUGAUCCUAGAUUUUUGCACCCCGGUGGGCUUGCAUGUUAAGUCACAGCAGUAAAGCAGCCAUUAUAACAGCUUAUUUUAGACUAGAGUGACAUUAAUCCAGUACCCAUAAUCGCCCCACACAUGCAGCGUCUUAACACACACACACACUGAAAGCAUGGAACUUGUCCUGCUUUGUUGCCUUUUUGUCCAACGUUGCCAACUUUUUUGCUCAGGAUUUCAGUUAAUGCUGCAUUCCUGUGUCAGUUCUCUUUCACACACAGACAUUACCAACAUUAACAUGCCAAAGCAAAAAAAAACAAAAACAACAACAACAGAAACAAUGCCUGUUUUUACACACAUGCGCAUAGACAUGAGCAGCUGGUACAGGUUGGUGGCACCAGGUCCACACAGCAUGCGAUAGUAUGAUCUGUGCUGGUGGAAUGUGCUGCUGCAUCAAACAUUUACACAAGCUGAUGAAAGGGUGGAUUUACUCAGGAGCAAAAAUCAUUGAUACCUAUCAAGUGAUCGUUAUUGGCAAAAUGCACAGUUUUGUCUUUUAUAAUGAUCAUUUUGUACAUCGACUGAAUGACUGAGGUGCAGUUCAUGUGUAAAUCCACCCCAGUGCGUGUCGAAUACAUUAUUAUGUUUGGUUAUACCUGGAAAAAACAGGUUUUUGUCCACUUGGUGGCAGCAAAGCCCAAUAUAUUGUGACAGUACAGACGUGUGGCGCUGUAUUUAAAGGUUGAACUGACAGUGAAUCAGACAGGGUAAGAAACAGCUGCUGUCCUGCUCUCUGUGGGUUGAGACUUGAGUAUGUUCCACAUCUGCACACAGUCAGUGACGUCAAACCAGGUGAUUUGUCUUUGGCAGCUGAUAAAAAGCACCUGCUGUGACAUCACUAGUUAACAUGUGGCUUAAAGUGCAACAUACGCAAAAGUUUAAACUCACACGAGUGGUGACGUCUGACGUGAUUGUGCAUUUAUCCUCUAAGCCUCCACUGAUCUUAUAAUUUUCCUUUCACUGUGACUGAAUGUGUUGCGAAGCACUAUUGUCCAUAUCCCUGCUUUCUGGCUGGACUUGUAUAUGUUGCUCAGCAGCUUUCUGAACUUAUAACCACAAGCAAUGGGAGCCUCAGUCAUUCAAAUGACGGCACUGUUAUAAAGAUAAAGGCAAUUCGCAUUUUGUGACUGAGCCUCCAUUUCUACUGCAUAACUCAUAGUCUGGUUGUGUUGCUCUAUAUGACACAAACUACAAAUAAAAUGAUAGAGAGGAAGGUGGUUUGGUUUUCUAUUUCAAAAAGACCACUCUAAUAUACACAUCUGUUUUCUUGUGCCCAAAGUUAGCCCAUAUACAGUUUUUUUUGUUUUUUAGUGGGCACAAAAUUCUGCUCUUGUUUUCCACAUUUUUAUCCACAUCAUCACUUGACUAUCUUAUAAAAUGCUCUAGCAAUUAUGACUGUGUUACUGUCUCUCUUGUGGUCAUGGGAUGAGUCAAGUAGUCAUACCAAGUUUGUCCAACACUGUAAAAAAAAAAAAAAAAAAAAACAAAGAAAAAAAAAACAUGUCUAGAAUUGGUUUGACUUGAAAUCACAUGAAUUCCAGCUGCAUUUUCAGUUGUAUAUUUCCAGAAACACUUUGUUAGUCUAAUGUGAAAACUAUAAACUAUCAGGUAACAAAACAGGAUCCAUUGACUAUAUUUCACGCUGUUCCUGUAGCUGUUGACGUUGGGCUACUGCACUUUCCACAGAUCAUGCUUACAUAUAUUUAUAUUAAGUAAAAAUGGAUCAAAACCAGAAUUCAGGGUAUUCCUUUGACGACUGACCUCAGACACUUUAAUGUGAAUUUUUUCCCUCAGAACUGAAAAUAGCAGCCAAUAUUACUGUCUGUUCUCCUCCACAGACACAUGUUCGCUGUUCUUUCUAUAAUGAAUUAUAGCAAUUUUCCAUUGUGCAAAAACUGUAUUGUACCUCUACUGAGCCUUGUGUCUGUGUGAUACAGUAUCAGCACCCUUUGUUUUUGCACUGGAAUAAUGAGCAGCUCUGUGUUGCAUAUCCCACCACCUUUAGGUAGUGGUCUAUUGUCCUGAAGUGGACACAAAAGACAAUAGAAAAUAGUACCAAAAUGAUGAUUGUAUGUAAAAACUCAAAUGCUAAUAAUCACAUCAGUAUCACAUGACUAUAAUGUGUCAAUUCAAUUUUGUGUCUGGGUCAAGGCUAAUUUCAUGAUCAGGGUCAGAUUAUAUUUGUUGUCCACUAUGCGAAUGUGGUCAUUAUUAGUUUUAGAGAUGCAGUAACUACUCAAGUAACACCUUUCAUAAACAUUUACUGUCAGCUGAUUGUUACCUGAGUGUCAUCAUUGGGUAGCUCUCUCAGUUCCAACCGAUGAUCAUGUUCACGAGACGUUUCAGGAUGUUCGUUUUAUUUCUUGCUGAAUAUUUAAUGCCGCUGGAUUACUUGUGAGCUGUCGAACAAAUGAAUUGUUACCACGAUGUAGUUGUUAUGUACAUGCAGCCUCUAUGGAGUUAAAACAAUAAUGUCACAUACAAUGCAUUAUUGUCUUACACAGUGAUGUGUAAAGCCAGGAAUGGGCUUUUCUGUUCAAGCACCGUCAAGCAAAAUGUCCUCAGUAUUUAAGCUAAUUAAUAUGUAACUGAUAAUAAGAUACACACCAGAUUAUAGCUGUUGUCACUGGCCUGUUUAAGAUAAUCUAAUUAUAUAAUUUGACAGUGAAGGUAAUGGAGCUGGUGGCAAUAACAUUGUUAACUGAUGCGAUCCUGGCGAUGAUGAUGACAAUUAAUUAUCAUGGAAGAUACAAAUAAAGUCAAUCUGCUUGGGAUACCA